GAGUAUUAAACAAAGGUUAUUCCUAUUAAGUCAGUGUCAAGUGUUCCUCUUCCGGCCGUAGCUUAGAAAUGAAAUCCAUCUUUGAUUUGCCAAUUUUCGUUUCUUGAUUCUCUCCGCCUUUUUAGCUAGCAAUCCAACUUUCUUAGAAUUCGAUCACCAGUCAACUACCUGUUCCCGUAGAAUAUUUCUCGGUAUUUACUGAUAUCCCACUCAAGUGCUUAUCCCUUCCACCUCUAAAAUCUUCAAAGCAAAUCUUGAUUCUUGCAGCAUUAAAUGAACGGAUAAUUAGUGAUUAAUCCCACAAAGUCAACGUUUUCUUUUUCUUUUUUCUUUCUCGGGCUUCCUCCGAAGUGGGAGACUGCUUGUGAUUCUGUGUUCAUCAAGAAUUAGCUCGCGAAGAAAAGAAUGAAGAAGAACCACUUUCUUUCGAGAGUGGUUGUGCUCAUAUUGAGUUUGUUAUUAAGCUUCAACAGGGCUGCUGUUUCAGCUCAUUCUGCAGUUGGGGAGCAGCCUUUAUCCAAGAUUGCAAUCCAUAAAGCCGUUCUUGCUCUGAGGGAUUCAGCCUCCAUUAAAGCCUCCCCUCUUGUUCUUGGACUCAAUGGUGAUAAUACUGGGUGGGCUGUUGUGGAAUUUGAGAAUGAUGAACCCUCAAAUGAUGAUUGGAUUGGGGUCUUUUCACCAGCAAAAUUCAAUGGAUCGGUUUGUUACGUGGAAAGCCACCCUAAAGACCAAUCUCCGCAUAUUUGUACUGCCCCAGUGAAGUACCAAUAUGCGAAUUACUCCAGUGCCGACUAUGCAAAGACUGGGAAAGCUUCAUUGAAGUUCCAGUUAAUAAAUCAGAGAGCAGAUUUCUCCUUUGCGUUGUUUGGAGGUGGAUUAUCAAAUCCAAAACUGGUGGCAGUAUCAAAUUCCAUAUCGUUUGUGAAUCCUAAAGCACCACUUUAUCCUCGCCUUGCUCAAGGAAAGUCUUGGAAUGAAAUGACAGUUACAUGGACAAGUGGCUAUAACAUAGAUGAAGCGGUUCCUUUUGUUGAGUGGGGUUGGAAGGGUCACCACAAGAUGCGGUCACCAGCAGGGACAUUAACAUUUCACAGAAACAGCAUGUGUGGUGCCCCUGCGCGCACAGUCGGUUGGCGUGAUCCUGGUUUCAUACACACAAGUUUCCUUAAAGAUUUGUGGCCAAAUACGGUAUACACUUACACGAUUGGUCACCUGUUAUCCAAUGGCUCCUGUGUUUGGGGCAAGACAUAUUCAUUCAGAUCAUCCCCAUAUCCAGGACAAGAUUCGUUGCAGCGUGUCAUAAUAUUUGGAGACAUGGGGAAGGCCGAGCGUGAUGGUUCAAAUGAGUACAGCAAUUAUCAGCCCGGCUCAUUGAAUACCACUGACCAACUCAUCAAUGAUCUCAAGAACAUCGACAUAGUUUUCCAUAUAGGAGACAUCACAUAUGCGAAUGGCUAUAUCUCACAAUGGGACCAAUUCACGGCACAGGUGGAACCCAUAGCAUCCACCGUGCCUUAUAUGAUAGCGAGUGGCAAUCAUGAGCGUGAUUGGCCUGGGACAGGAUCCUUUUAUGGCGGCACAGAUUCUGGUGGUGAGUGCGGUGUGCUGGCUGAGACCAUGUUCUAUGUUCCUGCCGAGAACAGAGCCAAAUUUUGGUAUUCAACAGAUUAUGGUAUGUUUCGCUUCUGCAUAGCGGACAGCGAGCAUGACUGGAGAGAAGGAACGGAGCAGUACAAGUUCAUCGAGCAUUGCCUCGCAUCAGUAGAUAGGAAAAAACAACCAUGGUUGAUAUUUUCUGCUCAUCGUGUCCUUGGUUAUUCGUCUGACAAGUAUUACGGCUUAGGAGGUUCGUUCGAAGAGCCCAUGGGCAGGGAGAGCUUGCAGAAGCUCUGGCAGAAGUAUAAGGUGGACAUUGCGUUCUACGGUCAUGUCCACAACUAUGAAAGGAGUUGCCCGAUUUAUCAGAAUCAGUGUGUGAAUUCCGAAAAAUCUCAUUACUCUGGCACCGUGAACGGGACAAUACAUGUGGUGGUCGGUGGAGCUGGAGCUCACUUGUCGGAGUACAGUCCAGUUAACACCAGCUGGAGUCUGUACAAGGAUUACGACUGGGGAUUCGUCAAGCUCACAGCAUUUAACCACUCCUCCCUCCUCUUCGAAUACAAGAAGAGCAGAGACGGAAAGGUUUACGAUUCUUUCACCAUCUCUAGGGACUACCGAGACGUGUUGGCCUGCGUGCACGACGGUUGCGAACCAACAACUUUGUUUUUUUGAAACAAAAAGAAUUCGCAGAGGGAGAAACAACAGGUUGACUUGUGGAAUGAGCAAUGAGCUUAUGGAAUAAGUAAAUUUAAACGUCCAACGAUCAAAAUCUUUGAUCGUGCAUAUCUAAGUACCAUUGUUUCUCAUUGCUCAUAGCAAGACUUUGACAACAUACAUAAUCGGGUCAUUAGAUGUCCCAAGGCCAAUGUAUCCAUCCUACUUCAUCCCUUAACCUUGAAUGUGUAUAUGCGCUUGUCAAGAAUGUGGUUUUGACGCUCAUAUCCUUUUGCAUUUAUGGAUUUGUCUUCUAUAUACGUAUGCGGUUACCGCUUGGAAGAA